CAAGUCAGAGGUGUUGUCUCAUGUGUGCGAUGAAUGAGGGCGGAGUCACAAAGAAGAGGACCUUGAAGAUGUUUCACUUCUGUUUGUCUCUUUUGGAAUUAUUCCGCUGAAAGAUUUCAUUUCCAACACAGAGUCAACGCGAUCAGGUGGGUUUUUUUUCACACACGCUCGAUGCCAUGACUUCCUGUUCUUGAUGACGAUGGUGAAAUGAAGCUUCCUGUCACCCAACGUUAAGGCAGCUUCGUUCGGCGUGACAUUACUCUGGCUUCACUUGAGGCGAGCUUUUCAGACCAGGAAGCUGCGUCAACAGAUAAGACACCAAAACGUGACUUGGUGGCACACAUGGAAGGUCAGCGUGCUCUCUGGAGCCAGCUGCUGUGGGCUACUGUCAUCUCGCUGGCCUCCUGUGAAAACAUAACAGUUUCUACCCCAGCAAACUUCUCAACGCAAGCCUCAGACGCAACCAACAGCCCAACAGUUUCUCCCAUUCCCUUCCUUCAGAGCUCGACUGAAGUGACGUCUAGAAAUGCCUCUCUACAAAAUCAGUGCUCCUACACCGUAACAGCCAUCAAGUACGGCUUGGGAUUCGUCAUCAACGCCUCUUCCAACGCCACGUACAAAUUCAUUUUGACGGAAGAUGGUGGCCCGGCCAAAGAAAUCCAUCAUAACGCAACAAUGGUCAACAUCACGGAACUCAAACCGUGCACUGAAUAUAAGCACCGAGUUCAAUAUUAUGUUGGUGAUGACAAACUUUUACAAAAUUGUAGCUACAGCAACGGUGCUCCGAAAAGCGCGACAGGAAAAAUGAGCCAAGAUGACAUCACUUUCGACAAAUGCUCCACCGGGUGUCUUUCGCUCUCCACCGGCUGGGAUGUCAGCACGUCUCUACGAGAUCCGUCGAGGAAAUGCGACAAUAAGCCGUGCGUCCAACUGGACACCGGCGACAUUUGCUCUAAUCGCACGAUAACCUUCACUUGCGCAAACUCCUCCUUGCAGCUAACAAAGUUCAUCAGUACCGAUUUCCUCUCUGGACUUUCAAAGAACAUACGACAGAAUGUUCCCGAUCAACUGCCUGCAAAUAUCACAGCGGAGUUACCUCCUAAAUGCACCGACCUCUCCGUUGUUUAUUCCUGUCUUGACCGUCAAAACGUAGCCAAGAACGUGUCUGAUCUGGAACCGUACACAAAGUACUUCUGUACCGGUCAGAUCCGGGAGCGUGAUGUCAUCAUAGCAAAUCUGUCAACGAUCCAUGUGACGAUUAACUGCGAUCUUAAAGUCCAAAAUGUAAAGAGCAGCCCUACUAAUACUUCGGCGACGCUGACAUGGACAACAGCCAGUGAGAAUUGUCCAGACUUCUUAUCCGGACCAAAUCCGCCGUCGUAUAAAUGCAUAUGCAGGUCUCAAAUGGAAAAAGAGAAACAAUGUAUGGCAACCAAACGGAAUGAGACACAUUUUGAUUGUAUGGUUGGUCACUUGCAACCAUACACCGAUUAUGAAUGUAGAAUCAAACCCAUGUACAAAGAUCAGGAUGUUGCACAAGGAAUUAUUAAAACUAACUUCAGUACUGAGAUUGGAGCUCCAGAGGACAUCUCUGUACUGGAUGCAAAAGUAAACGUCAACUCUAUCGAAGUCAAAUGUACACAUUCACAAAGGUUUAAUGGACCCGAUGGGAAAUUCCAUGCAGUACUUUAUCAGGGUAGUAGAGUUGUGAAAACAAGUAACAAGACCAAAUGCGCAUUCUUUUUCCAAGAUCUGAGCUUCUCCACCACCUAUGAAUUGAAGGUAUAUGUGUCCAACCAGGUCUUCAAUAGUACCUUCUCGAAAAAAACCUUAACAACUGAAUAUAAUGAAAAAGCCCUUAUCGGCUUUCUUCUCUUCCUCAUCAUUUUCACAUCUCUUGCGCUGCUUGUGGUCCUCUACAGAAUCUACGUCGUGAAACGUCAAAGAUUCCGAGACAUGAGUGAAAAUUUGCUUCUGAUCCCCAAUGCAACUUCUGUGGAGCCAAUCGAAGCCAACGUCUUGCUGGACUCGUACAAAAGGAAACUAGCUGAUGAAGGACGCCUUUUUCUCGAUGAGUUUCAGAGCAUCCCCAAAAUUAUUACCCAUUACACGGUGAAAGAGGCCAAGAAAAACUACAACAUCCCCAAGAACCGUUAUGUGGACAUCCUACCAUACGAUUACAACCGAGUCCAGCUCAGCACAGGAAACGGAGAGGCGGGAUGCGACUACAUCAACGCCAGCUUCAUUGAUGGCUACAAGGAAUCCAAGAAGUACAUUGCAGCUCAAGGCCCAAAGGAGGAAACUGUGGUGGACUUUUGGAGGAUGAUCUGGGAGCAGCGCUCUUCAAUCAUUGUCAUGGUGACACGCUGUGAAGAGGGAAACAAGAACAAGUGCGCGCAGUACUGGCCUUCUAUGAACCGAGAGACGGAGAUAUUCGAGGAGUUUAUCGUCAAGAUCAAGUCGGAAAAUCACUUCCCCGAUCAUUCCAUCCGCCGUCUUAGCUUGACUAAUAGGAGAGAAAACUCUGAGCGAGAAGUCACCCACAUCCAGUUCAUCAGUUGGCCUGACCACGGCGUCCCCGAGGAGCCGCACCUCCUCCUGAAGCUCAGACGCCGCGUCAACGCCUUCAAAAAUGUUUUCAGCGGGCCCAUUGUCAUCCACUGCAGCGCUGGAGUGGGCAGGACGGGCACCUACAUCGGCAUCGACGCCAUGAUCGAGUGUCUCGAGGCCGAGAGCAAGGUGGACAUCUAUGGCUAUGUUUUCAAACUCCGCAAACAGAGAUGUCUCAUGGUUCAAGUGGAGGCCCAGUACAUUCUGAUUCACCAAGCCCUGGUGGAGCACAACCAGUUUGGAGAAACAGAAAUCGCACUGUCAGAGCUCCAUGGUGCCCUGAGCAUACUGAAGGAGAACAACUCUGACAGUGAACCAACUUUCCUGGAGGAAGAGUUUCAUAGACUUCCCAACUGCUACAACUGGAAGACGUUCAACACCGGGAUCACCGAGGACAACAAAAAGAAGAAUCGCUGUUCCGCUGUCAUCCCUUAUGAUUACAACAGAGUGCUGCUGAGGUUGGAUGACGCCCUGAGUCAGGAUAGCAGCCAUGAUGAAGAGCACGAUGAAACCUCAACUGAUAGUGAAGAGGAAGAGGAGAACACCAAAUACAUCAACGCCUCCAACAUUCACGGCUACUGGGGUCCACGCAGCUUUAUUGCAACCCAGACUCCUCUGAAAAACACCCUAGCUGAUUUUUGGUCCAUGGUUUACCAAAAAAAAGCCUCCACUAUUGUCAUGCUGUCAGGAGCUAAUGAUGAAGAAAAGGAGUCUGCGUACUGGGAGAAGGAGAAGAGCACUUACGGGGAUAUCGAAGUGGAGGUGACGUCAAAAGACGCUUGUCCAAAUCUGAUCAAGCACAACAUGCUGAUUCGUCACGUCAAGAGGAAAGACAGUCGUGUCGUGACACACGUCCAGUUCCUCAACUGGCUCGAUCGAGAACUACCAGAGACGUCUCAAGACUUGACUGACAUGAUUAAAGAAGUUAAGGAUUUUGACCAGCCCCGACGAGGUCCUCCCGUCGUGGUCCAUUGCAGCGAUGGCUCAUCUCGUUGCGGCAUUUUCUGCGCUCUGUGGAGGCUGCUCGACAGCGCCGAGACGGAAAAGGUCGUCGACGUUUUCCACGUGGUUCGAACCUUGCGCAAGGAGCGACAGGGCAUGAUUGCAAGUCUGGCCCAGUACCAGUUCUUGUACGAUGCACUGGAUGGGGUCUAUCCAGUCCAGAAUGGAGAGGUGAAAGCAGUCCGGCCCUCUGAUGCCGACUCUGUCUACUUGGUGAAUGAAAGCAUGACAACAGGCCAGCAAAGUGAAGAAAAGGUUGCAGAGCUAGCCUCCGCUACCGAGAUGAGCCAGCAGGGGGCAGCAGAGAGUGAGAGGGAUCCUGUGCCUGCUCAUGCAUAGAUGGCAGGAAGACAAAACGGAGGCUGAGAAAUGAUCCAGGACGAGUGGUUGCAGGUACAUGCGCUUUAAUUCGAUCUUUCCGUGUGGGACAAAGUUUUAAACAAAUUUGGGGCCUUCAAACCUUCAAUUUAUUAGGGAUCUGUCCAAGUAAAGGCGGACAACACAUCAUCUUUUUAUGGAUCACACUUCUUUUUUUUUUUUUGGAACGCUUUCAAUCCUGGGGAAGAUGUCACAUACCACAUCAUUUACAUUUUUGUACAUCACUGCUCCAUCUGAAAAUGUCAAAAGUUUAUUCUGUAAUUUGUUAGGCGAUACAGCAUUAGGUACUCGGAUAUGCUCGGACAUGUUUUUUAAUCAUCUGCUCUAAGUGUUUGGUCCGUACAGUACUUUACGCUCAAAUUCACUCAAGCUAGUCAAGAGAUGGAAGAUGAAAACCUCAAAGCUAAAUAGUUCAAUGAAUGAUAUGAAUGUCUUAAUAUUGUAAAAAAAUUAAUAAAUGUAUUAAGAUGAUGCUUUUAAAA